AUGAUGCUCAAGAAGACUUUAACUGCUUCUCGGCAUCGUUCAGUAUGCGAUCUUCCACUCGAACUUCAUUUACGGGUCGCUUCCUAUCUUAAUUUUUCAGACCUGUGGUACUUUGGUAUCUGCUCUCGCUCAUGCCAAAAGAUCGCCGAGCAACUCAUCUAUCACAAGUAUCAUAUCGACCUUGCUCGUCAACGCACCAACUCGUUCAAUCAUCUUAUUCACGCAGCAGUGGCAUUUGUAUGUCGCCAUGGAUACGACGACGACAACGAUAUCAAUAAUACAGUGAUCCAAUGGGUGGCCAACCGCCUUGCAGUGGAGAUUUACGAUCGAACACCACAAUACGAUUGGGCACCAUGCUUUGAUUAUUUUAUCGACAGGAUGCUUGGCAUCAUGUUGGAACACGUUUUAUGUGACCCAUCUCUCGAUCCAGUGCCAUCCCUGAAAGAUUUACCGGUAGUCAUCAAGAGCAAAAACUACAAACCUACUCGCAUGGGAUACCUGAUGACGAACCUGCUCGUCACUUUGUACCCAACCUUGACGGCAUUAUUCGAUGCUGAACCCGCUAGUGCUAUUCAUCAUCGUUUAUUGCUGGCACAUAUUUGCAAACACAUUGAUACGCUUACUCGACGUUAUCAUCAACAACAACGCCGCCGUCUUGUUUUGGGCAAUUCUAAUGCAUCAUUGUCAUCCACAGUACGACAUGGCUUUCGGGUGCUUAUCCAGUUCGUUGGCACUCUGGCACAAACCGAAUUGUUGACCGCAGCCGACUUGCACACAUUGACUCAGCAACGCAUUAUUUACUUUUUCUUGUCAAACAAUCCCACCACUCCACCUCCAGAACCUAUUUCUUCAACAUCAACAUCAUCGUCAUCAUCAUCGUCAUCAUCCACCACCUCUUUGUCAUCGCCUUCGCCAUUACCAUCACCAUCGAUUAGUAGCAACAGCAACACUACACCAUCAUCAGCCGUGGAUGUGAAAGAAUACUUUGAUCAGCAUUGGCUUACCGAAGAGACCGAGUUCCAGACUGUGGUUUUGUUUGACCUUUUACGGGCCGUCAUGUGUCGGCAGUAUGCUCACUGGGACUCAGACAAAGAACUCCAUACCCUGAAAUCGUUACUCAAUGAAACCGUCAAUGCCUUAGGAUCCUGCAGGUCCAACAACAAUAACCCUUCAGAAAAAGUAACACCUACUUCUUCAUCAUCAUCAUCAUCAUCACCACCACCUUCCUCAUCUCCCGCCUCUGCCAUUGUUCCCCCUCCUUCUCCCAUCUCACCUUCUCGGUGA